AUGCCUCGAAAACGCGCCAAGCAUUCGGUGCGUGUCGCGAACCGCGAUGCGAUGGAGCAUAACUUGCCGCCCGAUAACAAGCGCCGCGGUGAGUGGGGCGAUAUGCCGCGCCGUGCCAUUGAGCUUUUUCGCGGUCCCCCGCCCAAGAAAGAAGCGGCGCCCGCAAAUGCUACGAACACCUCUAUACCCCCUAUGCAUAUCCGUCCUGGUGAGCGGCUGAGCGAUUUCAACCAGCGUGUUGAGCAAGAAUUUGCGCACGAUAUCUAUUCAUCGAUGCGCACGAAUCAGCGCUCGGAAUCAAAUCAAAAGAAGCGGCAACGCCGUCGCGACAUACUCAAGGCCAAGAAACGCGCUGCGUCCGGGUCGGACGACGAGGACGACGAGGCUGCGGCGCAGCGCGAGUUUGCUCGUGCACCGUCCUCACGCUCGCUGCAUGAUGUGGCACUGGCCCCCCCUACGAUUACUGCGCGACCCAAAGAGCGACGCCCCACAUCGACGCGGCCCAAACCUUCUCCGGCGCGACAGCGGAUUCUGGACGAGGAGCGGCAGCGUGUCAUUGAACUGUACCGAGCGCAGAAGCGCGCGUAG